CGCGAUCUGUCGCACACUUCAGUAGAGUCGUAGUCGUAUCCCAGGAAACAAGUCCCUCGCACCCCACAGCGCACUUUCGUAGCAUCAGCAUCAGCAUCAGCAGCGUCUUGGAGCCCAAUCUGAGAAGCGAACACCACCAUCUUGGAAUAUCCCCGAUCCGAAGCGACCACACCAGACCAGAUCCGACAACAAUAGCAUUGACCUGAAAAUGAGAGGGACAAGCUCUUCAACAUGGAGUGCGGUGGCUCUGAUGGGCUGUUUGACUGUGUGUCUUUCCGUGGGCCACGUCCACGGCCACGCCAACAACGACAAUGACCGUGGGAGCACAAGCGUGACCGGAAAGCCCGCCCUGAUCCGAACGGAGCUGCGCUUUGGUCGCAACCUGGACCCAUCCAAGGUGCGAGUCGUCAGCGUCAAGUCGAGCAAGGGCGACGAUGUGGAGAUCCUGGUCGGCAAGAACAGUCGCAAAGCUAGGGCCGAGGAGGCGUCCGGCUCUUUCUUCGUGCGCAGCUCGGACGUCAAGCGCCCCGUAAUACAGCCGAAGAGCAAUGCGAGCGGGCGCCAACUUACCUUCGAGCACAGUCCGGCCCUGCUCAAGCAAAGCGAACUGGCCCAGCAGCUUGAGGCCUAUCGUCAGCGAAGGACCGAGGCGGAGCAACGCCAAGCGAAGCUCAUUCAGCUGCAGCUGGCCAAGGCGCAGAGCAAGAUUCUGGAGCAGCACGCAGUGCAGGGUGACUCCCGCCGAGGGCGACAGCUUGGGUCCGACUUGGCCUGGCAGCCGGUAUACGUCGUCCCGUCACAGCAGAGUCCUCGCAGGAACUUCUCGUUCGCUGCGGACCGUCAGUGGCAGCAGUACUUGUUUGCCGACGCGGUGGAGGCCCAGCCCCGAGUGCAGCGUCAGGCGCAGGGGCCGAUCGUGAGAUUCCCGCAGGACAUGCAGUACGCUGCCUCUGAGCCAGGAAGCCAGCAGUACUUACCCAGGGACAGGGACACGCGCUCCUAUGCCAGCAGUGGAUCGCCAUCGCCUCAGCGGCACCAUCCUCAGAAUAUCAUCACCAAGCACAACUACAACAACUUGCCGCAGAAGUCGAAGUAUGUGAGCUACAUGCCGCACUCCGUGGUCGUCACAGCAAGUGCAGGCGUGGCAGCUCCCUCAGCCUCGCCGAACCGUAGGCGGCAGCCCGUGCCAGUGCCAGCGGCAGUCCACAGUGGGAGUCCGCACCGCAAUCCCAUCGGACAGAGUACCCACAGCGUGGUGGACGGACCCGCCGUGACGCUCAUCGAGGGCGUCCGAGUGCCGGACACAGCUGAGGACAAGGUGAAGACUUGGCGCAACGCGCGCGUCCUGAACAACCAAUUGGUGCCAUAUCCCGAAGGCUACACGCCGCCCCGCGCCCAGAUGCCCAGCUUCGACAGAUGAGCGAGCGGGAGGCAGCAGGACGAAGGAGGCUGAAGUGGAUGCUACCGUUUCGGUUCUGGGUGCUUGGCACUCGACACGAGUGUGCCGGGGCUGGAUCGCCUCACACGUACAAUCUUA